AUGGCACCAUCAUGCACUGUUGGGUGCCCAAAACCAACAAACAUUACAAACCCAAUUUACUUCUCAUCCAUGGAAUUGGCGCCAAUGCAAUAUGGCAAUGGAAUGAGUUUAUUUCCCCCUUGUCCUCCAAGUUCACCGUAUACGGACCAGACUUGUUGUUUUUUGGCGAUUCAUACACCACAAGGUCGGAGAGGACUGAAGCCUUUCUGGCUCGGUGUGAUGAGGACCAUGGAGGUGCACGACGUGCAUAGAAUGUUCGUUGUAGGGCUGAGCUAUAUUCCCUCAGGCGGUGGAGAGGGUGGUGAUUGGAUGUGCUUGAGUGUGUUUGGAGGAGAAGGACAUGGAACAGGGGUUGUUCAAUGUAAAGAGUGA